AUGGUUGCAGGUACCGUCCUCAUCAAUGGCCGUAUUCUAGCCAAAGGUGGAACUGGCCUUGAAGCCCAGCCCACUUUCGCGGAUAGUAUGCUUAUCCAAGAUGGUAAAGUCGUCGCUAUCGGCCCUCAAAGUGAGGUCCUACCGAAAGACACCACGGGGUUUGAGGUCCGAAAUCUGCAGCAGCGUACGGUGCUUCCUGGGUUCAUUGAUGGACAUAUGCACCUCCUGCUAUUGGGCCAGUCCCUACGGAAACUCGACCUGGUUCAUUGCAAAACAAUAGACGACAUCCGAUCAACUAUCAAAGCUUAUGCGGCAGCUAAUCCGAACGUGCCAACAAUUCUCUGCAAGAACUGGAUGCACUCCAUGACGCCGGGCGGGGUGAGCGCUGCGCUGCUGGACGAUAUUGACCCGCGACCCAUUUUCAUCGAUGCGAGCUCCCAGCACUCUUGCUGGUGCAACUCUGCGGCGCUGGAGAAAUUGGGAGCGGCUGAGAUGGCGGAUCCCCCUGGCGGAAGCAUUCAUCGAGAUGCAAAGGGCAGGCCUACCGGAGUACUCGACGAGGGUGCGAUGAUGUCUGUCAUUUGGCCGUUCCAAGCCGCAUCAGCCCCGAAACGUGAACGCAUUGAAGCAAUCAGGGCAGCCAUCAAAGAGUAUAACGCCGCUGGCUACACCGGAGUUGUUGAGAUGGCCAUGGAUGAAGAGGCGUGGGAUGCACUCGUCACCUUGAAGAAUGAAGAGCCCGAUCUUUCUAUUCGCGUUGCGUCUUACUGGUUGAUAAAGCCAACCGCAGACACCGAAGCUAACUCAAAGCAAGUUCAACGUGCUAUUGAGUUGAGUAAGAUAUUCAACUCCAGCAACGACCCAGACCUCCGCAUCGUCGGCGUGAAGGUUAUUUGCGACGGUAUAAUCGACGCGUGCACAGCGUAUCUCUCAGAACCAUACGCGCCAGCGGGCCUUCCACCGCCAAUCUGGGAGCCGGAACAUGUGGAGGCUGUCGUCAAAGAGGCAGACGCUGGAGGACUCCAAGUCGCACUGCACGCGAUCGGCGACGCAGCCAUCAGAAUGGCCAUUGAUGCGAUUGAGAAGAAUGGCACCCCAGGACGGCGGCAUCGGAUCGAGCAUUUGGAACUUGCAUCACCAGAAGACGCUCAACGGCUGGGCAAGUUGGGCUUAACGGCGUCCAUUCACCCGGUGCACGCCGACCCUUCAAUUUUGACGGAGUGGCCGAGGCUUCUGGGAAAAGACCGCUGUAAACGGGCCUUUGCAUACCGAGAAUUCGCUGACGCGGGCGCUUUGAUGGCGAUUGGCAGCGAUAGUCCUACAUCACCGUGGGCUCCGAUGCAAAAUCUCUAUGUUGCAUCUACCAGACGCUCCUCGCGGGAUCCGAGCUAUCCCAAGGUGAUUAAUGAGCACUUCAAGCUGGGGUUGUGCGAAUCAGUGGUUGCUGCGACUUGGGGCGCUGCUUGUAGCGUGUUUGCAGAGGAGCGAGUUGGCAGCUUGGCUGUGGGUAAGCUGGCGGACUUCAUUGUCGUGGACAUGGUGUGGGAUGCCGCUCGCCUGUUGAAUGCGAAAGUUGAAGAGACUUGGUUUGGAGGAAACCAAGUGUGGGAUUGUAAGAAUGAAAGUUGA